CGUUGUUUAUUCAUUUUAGGAAAUGACGAUUAGUCAGAGCAAACAGGAAACUACAGUCGUGACAGGUUAUUUUAUUUAUACUGAACUGUACUGCGGAGGCGAUGGAGGGGGAAGAGCGGUUUCAAAAGUGAAACUUUAAAAAAGUUAUUAAUGAUUGGCGAAUCUUUUUUUUUUUUUUUUUUUUUUUACUAGUCAGGAGUUAUGUUUGUAUGUGUAUGUUACCGGUUGUAAAGUUCGCGGAGGCUUUGUUUUUUUAAAAAUUAACUUAUGGUAUCGAUGCAGUAUUUGGAAAGGGAUAACACUGUUUCCAGUUUUGGUUUAAUGCCUCACAAUAAUGUCAAACCCAGCACUAAAGGUCCUAUCUGAGGUGCUGAUAGUUUAUACAAAGGAUGCUGUGGAAUGGAGCACAUACCUGCAGAAUGUGCUGGUUUCAUGCAAACACUUUUCCACGAAGUCAGUCUUGUUAUAUGAGGUCGAGAGCCAUACCCCUGUGGCCGAGCAGGACAUUAGUAUUUUCCAGAACAGCAGGUGUAUUAUCCUGUUGCUGUCAGGAGAACUCUUGGAUGUUCUUGGCAGCUUUGAGGUCUUGGAGAGCUUUCGGAAUGUUCUGCAGCCCCCUGGUAAGAUGGUGAUGUUGUUUUAUGGAGUGACAGAGACUGAAAUGCUAUCGGAAUGCUUCCAGGACUGGCAUCAGUGGAAACAGCUCGAUCCUGAAGAUGAACCAACGACCUACAUUUCAGUGGUUCGACAGGCUGUGUCUGAAGAAGAGCGUGUUCAGAGCUUGCAUGCAGAUGGUGGGAUUCUGUUUUGCUCAACUUGUAAUGUGUCUUUGGAUCAUCUAAGAAAAGACUCAGGUUGUGACAGUGUGACUGACAGCGAGGUGGAGGUGGAGGCGGAGGCGGAGAUGGAGGCGGAGGCGGAGGACGAGGGGGACGUGGAGGCGGAGGACGAGGGGGACGUGGAGGCGGAGGCGGAGGACGAGGGGGACGUGGAGGCGGAGGCGGAGGACAAGGGGGACGUGGAGGCGGAGGCGGAGGACGAGGGGGACGUGGAGGCGGAGGCAGAGGACGAGGGGGAUGUGGAGGCGGAGGCAGAGGACGAGGGGGACGUGGAGGUGGAGGUGGAGGACGAGGGGGGCGUGGAGGCGGAGGUGGAGGUGGAGGCGGAGUACGAGGUGGAGGCAGAGGUGGAGGCGGAGGAGGAGAGGGAGGCGGAGGCGGAGGAUGAAGGGGAGGUGGAGGACGAGGGGGAGGAGGAGGUGGAGAUGGAGGCACAUGACGAGGCGGAGGCGGAGGAUGAAGGGGAGGUGGAGGUGGAGGCGGCAGAUGAGGGGGAGACGGAGGUGGAGGCGGAGGUGGACACUGAGCUGGUGUGUUCCACAGAGUCCUGGCAGCAUGUGGACCCCCAGCCCCAGCCUGACAGGUCGGUCCACGGGAACUGCAUCACCAUCCAGCCAGACAGAAUACGAUGUGGGGCACAAAUGAAGAUGUACCUUAUUCUGAAAUGUAAGCUAGACAACCAGGUAAAAACUCAAGUGGAGUUCUCCAGCAAAGACUGUUCUUCCAAACGAGAGUCUGCAGUACUUGAAAAUGAAUACACUGUGUCAGUCAAGGCUCCUGAUAUGCAUUGUGGACCUGUUUCUGUGACUCUGUUCUCUGGGGAUUUAACUGUGUGUUCAACAUCCGUAACUUAUUACACUGACAUGGAAGAAAUCGGAAACUACCUUCUAAGUGCCAUCAACCCUAUACAGUUUCUGUGUCAGGCUUUUAAAAUCACAACAAAUAAUAUAGAAGCUCUGGACCAGUUAUUGACUGAGUCGUUAAAGAACAAUAUCCCAGCGAGUGGUCUACAGCUGUUUGGCAUAAACCAGCUAGAAGAAGAAAACAUGUCUGCAUACCAAAGGAAUGAAGAGCUCCCGACUCUACUUCAUUUUGCUGCUAAGUACGGUCUGAAGAAACUCACAGGGCUUCUGCUCCAUUGUCCCGGGGCACUGCAGGCCUAUAGCGUGGUCAACAAGUACGGUGAAUAUCCCAACAACAUUGCAGAGAAGAAUGGCUUCAAGGACCUGCGCGAGUUCAUGGAUGAGUAUGUGGAGACUGCUGAAAUGCUGAAGACCCAUAUAAAGGAUAAUAUUACACAAGGAGAGGACGAGCAGACAUACGAGUCCAUGUCCAACAUGUCCAGAGACAUUUUGACGAAAUACUCUCUGAAUCCAGGAUGUGACGAAGACAUCUAUGAAUGCAUGGUGGAGCUGAACACUGAUAGCAUGGAAGAUAUAUAUGAAGACAUGGAAAAGCAACCAGAAUCAUCACGGGACAUCCAAGACCCUUUUUUUGCACAGGAAUCUAUGCUACGCAAAUUCUUAGAAGGAAAAUCCAGUACGAGCUUUGAUUCUGCUGAAGAGGGGGAGCAGGAGGAGGAAGAUCCUUACAAGCUCUGUAUAGAUGAAGAUGUCUAUGACACUGUGGAGCCGGGGGCCAUCCAUCCACCGGAAAUCAUAAACCGACCCCCGGCACCCAUCCCCAGACCCUCAGUCAGCCAGGAACCACAGGAGCCAUACAUUUCCAAAGUGUUUUCAGCCAGAGAAGAGGCCAAACUAGAGAAUCUGUAUGCUGUCGUAGAACCAAUGUCAGGGCUAGUGAGACCCGUCAGGGACAGGUCUUCAACCACCACCUACGACCCCUAUGGUGGUAUGAAGACCCCAGGGCAGCGGCAGCUCAUUGCCCUGCAGGAGAAGGUAAAGGUGGGGAUCUUCACUGUGGAAGAGGCUGUGCAGCAGUUCAAGGAGUGGCAGCUUAACCAGAAGAGCAGAGGAGAGUCCUUCAAGUUCCAAGAGGAGAAUUUGAGAAAGUUACGGGACAGCAUAACAAGAAGACAGAAAGAAAAAAGCAAAACUGGGAAACCUCUUGAUCUGCAGAUCACCGCCCCAAUUCGGCAGUUCCAGGGCCCACCCAUGAAAUUAGAAUGUGCGGUGUAUGAAUCCAAUGCCAGAGUGUUAGCAGCCCCACCUCCGCCCAGUCAACCCAUCAACAGGGGCAACUGGCAGACUGGGAGCACAACUAGUACGUCCACAGGCAGUGCAAGCAAUAGAUCCAGCACACGCAGUAAUAUGAGCUUCAGCAGCGGGGCUGAAGGGGACAACGAGGACAAUGUAGACAAUUACCGGAGCCCCAGCCCCCUGCCUCAUGCAGCAGAGAAACUACCGGAGCUCCCCCCACCUCGAUUGCCUCCCCGGACCCCUGCAAGGCCUCCAGAGAGUACAAAUAUGGAUCGGUAUGCCCCUUGUCCAACUCGUCACGUCCCUGGUCCUAGACGCUGCAGCCCUCUUCCACCAGUACCACGCAGAACUCGUUAAUUCAGUCUCCAGGCUGCGCUGGCGGACCAGUUACACCUGCACCAUUGAGAUAAUCACUCAAGGAAUUAUGUGUAACUGUUCUGCAACAUCACCUAUGAUGGAAUUUACAAAGCUACUAUGCAUGAUGCAGACAGUCCAGCGAGACUUAUGAACGCAAACCUGAAUGAUAUAUUCAAUCAGACACGUGUUAUCACAAAAUAGGUUAUAGGGAUUCCAGAGAAGUAAACCUGAAUAGAAAGCUACGGGCUGAACUGAGUAAGCAUUAUCAAGAUGUUUUUCUUGUUUGCCGUAUAAAUUUGCUCUUUGUAUCGUUUCACUUAAGUGAAUAUUGACUAGCAUUUCUUUGUUUUUCUUUAAAUACUUCAUUUGCAUUUUCAAUUUGGACAUAUGUUGCAGACAAAUAACAGAAUGUGUAUAGGUAUGCAAAGUAAACCCAGAGUAAGGGUAGACACUCCCUUUAUUACUCUAGCAUCCCAGCGAAUAGCCAAGCAUGUUUCCAAAUGAAAUAGCCUUAAUAAAUGUUUACAUACCAUGGCAAAAGCAUUGUUAAGUGUAGGGGAAACAUGGUAAAGCAUUGGAAACCAUGAUGAAGAACUAUGAUAAAACAAUAGCAUAAGCUUUUAUUAAGCUGUUAUCACAGAGGGACGUCACAACCUAUAACAACUUUGUUGUAAUCUGAAUCCAUGCAGCUAGCAAGUGCAUUUACAAAUAACAAAAAGCAGAGGUACAUUUACUGUACUGUACAUUUGUAUUCAUACCAUUUACUUACUUUCUUCUGCACUUAAUGUAACAGUUUAUUAAAAAAAAGUCCAGGCUCAGCAACAGCCCUGUUCACUGAACAAUGUUGGAGCUGAAUGACCAGCUAUUGUCAGUUACCCACCCCCUGAACAAGUGUACUUACCUGCUGAUGUUGUUUAUUUAAUCUUCUUACAAACCGCUUCUAUUUAUAAACGUUUACCAUAGUUCAAGCAUAGCAAAGUGUAAACUUUUAUAAGGGCAUAACUUGGCAAAAAUGACUAAUUUGGGGUUCACCACCCACCUGCCCCCCCCCCCCCCCAUCUCCUUGGUUAUAUCUUUUAUUUCAUUUUAUUAUUUUUAACAUGAUAAACAAUUUUAGUUCAGUUUUAAAUCUGGUACUGGUUACCUUAAAAAUAAUUUAAGUACAGCUAUAAUUUUACAUUUAUUCACAUGUUGAAAAAUAUAUUAAAAUAAUGUCACGUAAUCAGUCACAAUCUGUGCAAAAAAUCUGAUCUGUGGUCAUAGAAUAAAAUGGUUUGUCUUGAAAGUUUUCCAUUUACUAGAAUGAGCCUGUUUGGAAAUAAUUAAAAACCUAUGGGCACUUUUUGGGUUCAUUAUUUUAAAUUAUUUAAGCAUCAGCAGUAUUGUGCUGCUUGCUUUGCAAACGUUUGUCACAAGUGCCUGAUCGUAAUUGCAUAGUAACAGAAAUUAUCAACACUAGUCAAUAAAUCUCCACUCUGGGGAAACAAGUUGGAUUAAUAUCCCUUUUGGUCACGAUUUUUAAAUGAAUUUUUGUAUAAAAUCAGUUUGUAUGAACUCUAUGGGAUUCAAGAAUGCAUUGACUAAAUGUAUAUGUGUUAUACAAUAGAUACCUAGAUAGGAAACAUAACAUGGUACAAUUAUGCACUUACUGAUCAAAGGGUAUAUAGAGGGGGUUUGGAUCUGCCACUGUUUGUGUCAUUAAAAUAGACACCACUGUAGCUGUUGUCAUUGCCUCCUGAAUAAAUCCCUGUAUCCAUUUAUGUUUGCCAAAAUAUAUCUAUUUACUGAUACAUGUUUCAAUGGAUGUUAGGAUCAUUUAAAAUGAUACACAGUAAGAACAUAAAAAAUGUACAAGAGAGAGGAGGCCAUUCAUCCAGUCAAUGCUCGUCUGUUGCCUAGUAGAUGAUUGAUCUCACAGCUUUGUAAAGUUGGGUUUAAAGGAUCCAGGUGAUUCUGCCUCAACAAUAUGACUAGGUGACCCAUUCCAUACCCUCACCACUCUCUGUGUGAAGAAGAGUAACCAUCCCUCUGUCCUAAGUUGGUGUUGUGACCUAGAAUAUAUAUUUGUUGAGGCAUCACAUCACAUACUGCCCCAAAAGGAUAGUCAUGUAUACAGUACUAUAAAUAGAAAUCCCAGACUCUAUUUAAAUUAAUACAAAGACUGAGGAUACGAUAGAGGUGCUUUCAAUAACAGAUAAAGCAUGGCAUAGGUCUGUGUUACAACAAUUCAUGUAUAAUGCAUUUGUUGUAUCGACAUUGAGUAUGAUUACUUUUAAAAUGAUGUAAUACUAUUAUUUCUGCUAUUCUGUGUUCUUUAAUGAAAACAUUUGUAUGCAAUUUAAGAUUUUACUCUUAUACUGUAAAAGAACAAAAAUAUAUUAGGUGUUUUUUUAUCAAUUGUUGUGAAGAGCUUUUUUUAUGUGUUCCAACAGUUUUUGUUUCAAUUUUAUUAAAAGAAUUAACAACCUA